AUGUCACCUAUGGAAUUGCGUGCGGUGACGCCCUCACUCUUGGUCAAAACCCCCGAGGGAAAGACGUUGUUACCGUCAAGAGAUACUGUUACGUCGCUCACCAGUGGAUCAAGUUACUCGGAUGACGAUGAAAUUGUGGCGGUGGAUGACGAUGAGGACGAGAUUAUAGCCGUGGAUGAUGAUGAUGAGGGCGAUGACGAGCAGGAUUCGACGAAGGGCAAUGAGACUGAGCCGCCAGAGGAUGACGACGAGAACGACUUGCGCGCCCCCAGCCGGACAGGUGUAAUGCUUCGCCCCGAUUCGAGGAUGACCAACUCGACAGUUAUGCGUCCAUCGUUUACCGAGGGCCGGACAGCGUCCAGGAUGUCAAGUGCCAUGUCAGCAUUUGGUCCUAUGGAUAAAGGCAAGGGUAAAGAGGAUCCGGGGGUGUCGUCAAGGAGGGGUAGCUCUAUUAUGACCUCGAGGACCAGCACGCUUUUGAGUGAAGGGAACCCUCAGGAUGGAACGGUCUCUCCUCCAUUGCCACAACGUACCAGUCCACCUUUGAAUGUUCGUCGCUCACAGGUGAUCACACCCCUUACUCUUCAGCCUCUUCAGCCACCUUCAAUUGCUUCGACCGCUGCCUCGCUUCGAUCUGCUCCGCCUCCUGCCUCGACCGACUUUUUUGAUACGGUCUACACGCAAUCGCUCGAGAAGGGUGGACCAGGAUUCGACUCGGACUCGGAGGUUGAACUCGAACCGCCCAUGCCGAUCUUUGUCCAGUCACGCUCCCGAGCUGUGUCAACUACUUCCGCCGUCUCCUCUAGGUCUCGUUCAGGAACCAUGGGUCUCGGCUUGAGCUUUGGGCUGGGGAAUAAGAGCACAACCUCGACGGUGAUGCACUUCCCCAGUCGGUCCAAUCCUUAUCUCGCGACGGAUCCGAACCCUUACCAGGGCAUCGACCCGCGUAAACCAGUGACCAAUACCCCUCCAGCCAGUCAAACCCGGUUCAAGGGUAUGGGAAUUAACUUGUUACGUCCGGCGACGAGUAUGGGGUUGCGCUCAAGCGGUAGGAAGAGUCCCAACCUUACCCAACACCCUGCAAUCCGAGCGGGCAGCUCCAUGGGAUAUGCCCCUACUACCAGCCUCCAAGGUGCAGAGAGUUCCCAUGGUCACGAAUCACUUCGAUCCGACUCGGUUUCGGUCAAGUCUCGAGCAGCGCGAAGCGAAGAAUCGGUCACAUCCACGCGGAAGAAUGACCCAACAUUGGCACGCCUGGAUGACUUGUACGCCAUGCACAUUUCGGCUGAACGAGACCAACUGAAGCGAAUCGCUGCCGCAUCACGAAAACCCAAGUUCGAAUCCGGUUCGAGUGCUGAGAAAUCAUAG